AACUAAAGUCUAAAGUUAUAUCUUUCCUAGAUCUGGUUUCGGCUAUUCUGCAUGAAAAACACAUCACUGCAAAUUAUUCCCUUUUUAAUUGUAGAUGUCACAUUAAAUUAUUUAAACUAUGGCAUAGAUAUCUGGUAACGUUAACUGUUCUUAUUUCUCAAGAAAUAUUUAAGAUAUUAAGAUAUAUCGGCCUUUACGUGUAUGUAGGCUAUAAAUAAGUUGUACAUAUUUAUGUAUGUGUGUAUUAACCUGCAUAUUAUGUCAUGCGCCGGUAACCGAUGGGUAAUAGCAAAAUGAGUGAUGACUUCAGGCCAUGAGGCCAGAAAUUGACGUGAACAAGAUUGAAACAGUUUUCUGCCAUUACACAACGUCAGCGUCCUAUAAACUUCCACAGGUGGCAUCUACAAUAGAAACGGUUUAGAUGCGUCAGACUCUGAAUGUGGAUACGAUUUUUAAGAAUGAUGUUCGGAAACAUAAUUUCAUAAUUUUAUUUAAUCUGGUUUGUCGUUUAUUUUAAUUUUACAGUUAUUAGUAAAAACAGCAUAAAAUUCUACAUUCAGCACAGUUUCAUGGGAUUUAAAAUCAAGUGCUUUCUAAAUAAAAAUAUGAAUAGACUAUUUGCAUAUACACACAAUUUGAUAUGCGAACCUAAAUUAUGUUUAACCUUUAAAAUCAACAACAUUUCAGUGUCUGUGCAUGCCAAUUCGUCUUUGAAGCAAAACAGGAAGUUGUUAGCAUUGUGGGACGUGUAGUUCCGCUCUGGGGCUGCUGGGCUUGAUAACAGCGCGCGGAGGAGCGAAACAAAAAUAAAAUAAAGGAAAACUUUCAAAGGAUUACAAAUAUAUCGAUCCGAUUUCGAAAUAAGCAUGCCUGGAUUCACUUGCUGUGUCCCUGGCUGCUAUAACAACUCACAUCGGGACAGGGAACUGAGAUUUUACACCUUCCCAAAGGACACCGUACAGAGAGAGAUUUGGCUGAAGAACAUCUCCCGGGCCGGAGUAAGCGGUUGUUUCAGCACCUUCCAACCUACCACGGGUCACCGUGUCUGUAGCAUACAUUUCCCCGGAGGCAGGAAGACUUACAGUAUUCGUGUGCCUACACUCUUUCCGCUGAGGGGUGUGAAUGAGAGAAAGAACAGACGCGGUAGAAACAAGAAAGUGUCCGCCGUCCUUCCUAUCAUCACUAGCGUCGUUUCAGUAGCCGCUAAUGCUGAUGCUACUCUAAGCGGUACAACCGCGGAGGUAACCAGCAGCAAUGAUGUUGCAAACACCGGCAAAGUGGGACUAAAAGCAGAAGGCGGCAGCGAGACCAAGCCUAUUGACCUAACUGUGCAAGGGGACGGUCAGUGCUUGACUGCCGUCAUUUCCAGCUCUCAAGCCUUGGCGGGCAGCAGCGACCUCCAGUCGGCUGUAGCCGCCACAACCUCUGCAACACCCCUUCAACAAAGUGUACCAUACUCCACGGUCGACCUGUGCGCGCUUGGGUCGCUGGAUCACUCCUACUCGCUGACCACUGGGACCACCUCGGCGGAGCUGCUGAAGAAGCUGAAUGAACAGCGGGACAUCAUCGCCUUGAUGGAGGUGAAAAUGAAGGAGAUGAAGUCCACCAUCCGACAGCUCAAAGUAACCGAGGCCAAAUUAAAGGAAGAAGUGAGAGAGCGGGAUCGAAUGCUGUCCGCGGCUGUGGUUCGAAAGAAAAUUUGAUCGGACGGAAACUAGAUCAACAUCAACAUGUCAAAAAAAAAAAAAAAAAACACUUUUUAUAAGGGAUCCCAAUUGACGAGUGAACCCUUUUGUACAAAGCGAGGAAAAGUGGUUUGUUAGUUGAGAACUUUACAAAAAUGUUUUUCUUAAUUGAAUUUAGC